UGAAAAAAUAUAGUUAGUGCAUUGAUCUCUCCACUCGAGUCAGAUACACACGUUGCUACGGAACAAUCUCAAUCAAAUUUCUGUUCCCUCUACGGACGCAUUUUGAUGUGGCACCGCAACAUUCACGUGUACAACAACUUGUGUGAUUUUGUUCUGCAUAUUUUCAUACGUGUCGCUUCAGUAGUCAAUACGAAUAAACUGUAAUUCAACAACUAGUUUAAUCUAAACACAUCCACUUUAUUUUGGAGUGAAUAUGGCUUCACUAGCUCAACCGGGCGAUGAUAGCGACGAUGGCAUGGAUGACUUUAUGGAGAAAUUCAAAAAAGAGAAAUAUAGCAAUGCCUUUUCUGAAAAGAACUGGGAAGAGGAGUUUGAUAAGGUGCCCAUGUUCAUGAAGACAGCCCCUGAGGAGAUCGACCCCAUGAAACACCCGGAGCUGGCUGCUAUUCAGUCCAUUAUACAUGACGAUGACAGACCACUAGAAGAGCAAGCCGAGAGCUUGAAAGAUGAGGGGAACGACUACUUCAAAGAGAAGAACUACAAGAAGGCUAUAGUGUCCUAUACGGCUGGACUGAAGAAGAACUGCAGUGACUAUAAUGUUAAUGCCAUCCUGCACACUAACCGGGCGGCAGCACACUUCCACCUGGGUAACAUGCGUUCUGCACUGAAUGAUGCUGCCGCUGCAAAGAAGUUUAAACCAGACCACCUCAAAGCAUUAAUCAGAGGUGCCACGUGUUGCACGGAGCUGAAAAAAUACGCCGACGCCCUGCAGUGGUGUGAAGAGGGACUCAAGCUGCAGCCGACAGACAAGAAGCUACUGGAGCUGAGAGCUACAGCAGACAGACAUAAGAGAGCGGCAGAGAGAGAUGCAAGGAAGGCAAAGGUCAAAGAGAAGAAGGAGCACAGUGAGAGAGAGGCCCUACUGGCUGCCAUCAAGGAGCGUGGCAUCCAGUUACUAAUGCCUCAUCAGCGUCCUAAGCGCAGGUCUGACAGUGAGGAUGAUGGAGGCUCCUGUAGAGCCAUGGCAGGGCUGGAACUGGAUGGUCUGUGUUCUACGGAGGCCACAGGUGUGAAGGUGUUCCUGGACGAACAGGGAAUCAUGCACUGGCCAGUUCUCUUCCUGUACCCCGAAUACCAACAAACAGACUUCAUCUCAGCCUUCAGCGAGUCCUCCAGCUUCCUAGAUCACCUGACUCUCAUGUUUGGAGAGGAACUCCCACCCUGGGACAUUAACAGGAAGUACUCUCCCCAAAACCUUCAGCUGUUCUUUGAAGACCAUGAGAAAGAGUCAUUACAUCAAGUUAACCCCGAGACGCCUCUCAUUAAAAUCCUUCAGCAUAAAAGGUGUUUUAUAAAGGCAGGAACUCCUAGCUUUGUCAUUCUGGCAAAGGGGUCACCGUUCUGCGAGAAGUUCUUAUCAGAAAGGAAAACACAACUUUUAACACAUUCUCUUAAUCAGUCAACCUAGACCUGUCAAUCUAAUGAACAAUGAACUCUCUCUUUCACCAGUGAAUACACAAAUUGAGUUAAAUUGCAUAGAAGAGACAAUGUUGCAAGCAGCAUCCCCAUGCUCAGGGAUUGAGAAUGCUGCGGUGCUCAUAAGCUGUGCAUACUCAUAAGCUGUGCAUACUCCAUCUAGAGAUCAAAUUGUAUUUUAGAGUGGGUGUAACCUGUCAUACAAUCUGUUGUAAUAUUGUCACUGUAACUAAAACGCCUUAACGAAAUGUA